AGUCAGUGUCUUUUGGUGUGCGAGAGAGAGUACACGCGCUGUAGUUCUGCGGUGUUUUCACACGGUCGCGUGGAGAGAGCAUUGUGUGAAUACUUUCUGUUGAUUUGGGAAUUAUAUAUGAAGAUUGAAUCCUUGGAUAUUUUUUGGUUGUGACAGACGAUCAGCACCACAGAGGAUUACAUUAAAUGGUGAGACAUCGAGGCUGCCAUAGUCGCUUGCAACGGUAACAACAAGAGCUUCGAACAGGUCGGAUUUCUGAAGUUUGGAAACUUGAAACCAUGGAAGACGGCGACCCGUUGCGCAGAGUGAACACCAAGAGAGCGAAAAGACCGUGUCAUAGCUGAGCGACCCAAAAAAAUAAUCGAAAAUGUGGCUAUGACUAUACCUUUGCAGGUAGUCUAGUAUUUUCUCAAGUCUCCCCUCACAUAUACUUCGCGGUGUCGUUUUCUCUCGCACUGUACGUACUGAACUCCUCCGUUUUCUGUGGAAAGGGAAACUUGCGGUGGCCAACUGUUGCAGUUUCUAAAGCGUAAGAGUGAAAUUCCCAAGAUGCUCCAGCAAAUCCUCAACGAUAUGUACAUCGACCCAGAACUCCUCGCGGAGCUGGACGAAGAACAGAAGCAGAUCCUCUUCUGCAAGAUGCGGGAGGAGCAGGUCCGCCGCUGGAAGAUGCGAGAAGAGCAGUUGGAGGAGGAGGAGAAGAAGACGAUCAUACAGCCUAAGAAAUCACGUGGCAAGAAAGUGACGUUCCUGGUGGGCGUGGAUGGCGAGCCCGUGGUGGUGGUGCUGGGCGAUGGGCGCGAGGAGGUAGACACCAUCCUGGAGGAGAGGGCGAGGCGACAGGCGGAGCUGGAGGCCGACCUGCUCAAACGCGCGGCAGAGGAAGAGCUGGACAAACUGGUGAGGCUGAGCAGGUCGACGGUGCAGGCCAUGGAGGAGGAGGCCGCGAGGAACCAGCAGAAUAAGGAGCGUGACCCAGCGCGAGAGGCCGUUGUGAGGUCCCUUCAGGAGGCCACAGUAGAGAUGGAGAAGCACAUCCAGGCGAUGGAGGAGACGGAUGUCCCGGCUACAAAGAAGACAUCCACAUCCUCUAUCUCCUCAUCUUCGUCCUCUGCCUCUUCUUCGCCUCCUUCCCCAGCCUCGACCACGUCCUCGGGGAUCGGCAGCUUGAAGCUCUCCUCGUCUGCGUCCUCUUCCUCCCUCUCGUCUCUGUCGUCCACCUCCUCGUCCGCCUCGCCUCCGUCGCCGCCCGCCUUCAGCAUAUCUCCCUACGGCGCCGGCUACAGCUCGUCCCCCCGAAAGCUGAACGGAAUGCCGUGGGAGACGUCGGCCGCCGCCCCUGCCAAGGCGCCCCUCGCCCCGACCGCGUCCUUGCCCACGCUCAAGCCGCCCAUCCUCUCCCCGAAGCCCAACCUGGCCAGCACCCUCAGCUUCCCCUCCAGGAUGUCCCACACGCCCUCCGCCUCCUCGUCCCCCACCCCGUCUUUCUCCGUCCCCACCACGCCCACGACAAACAGCGGGAGCCACACGCCCUCCCCGCCCUCGUCCCUCUCGUCUACCACAUCAAGCUUGUCAUCGUCUCUCACGCCCUCGCCGCCCCCCUCCUCCCCCCCACCCCUGUGCCCCCUCACCAUCGUGGAGCAGGACGACCUCUGCGACAGAGUGAAGGACGGCGACGCGGAAGCAGCCAUGACCGUGGGCGUAGCAGCGCAGAUUAAACGUUUUGAACAACUUUCCGAGGGUUCGCUGGAGGCCUUGAAAACGGCCACGCUGGAACGAGCGAAGAAGCGGAGGCAGAAGGAGAUUCUGGAACAUCUGCGGAGCCAGGUAGAGGCCGCCCGCCAGCAGGUAGCAGACACUACCAACAAGCAGACCAACGAGAAGGACGACAGCGCCUGGCAAGAGCAAGAGCGCAAGGCCAAGGAAGCGGAGAGACGCAUCCGCGAAAUCGCUCGCCGCGCCCGCGAGGAGCACCGAAGGGCGUCUACGCACUCGUCGCCAGCGCACGCCAUCAAUCGCAACCUGAACGGCCUCACGCACAACACCGUCGUCAAGAACACCCUCAUCAAGAACGGCAUGAACGGCGUGAACGGCCACCAUUCCAGUGUCGGCGGAGAUAUUAAUGGGAACAUCAAAGCGAUUCAAGAAGACGUUAGUAACAACAACAACCAUAACAAGAGCAUUGGCAGCAGCAACAACACAGCAGUGAGCAAAGGCAGUCCGUUCGGCGGCUGCGUCCGUCAGAGGAUCCGGCCCCCGAAGCCCCCGUCCCGCGGCGCCAUCGUCGUUUGGUUCCGCGAGGAGGAGCUGCCCCGAGGAGCUGGCCUGGAGCCUUCGCGCACACGCGUCGCGCCCUGGUUCCAUGGUAUCAUAAGCAGAACAGAAGCAGAAGAAGUGCUAGCAGGAUCUGAAGUAGGUCGUUUCCUGGUACGAGUAAGUGAACGGAUAUGGGGGUACGCCAUUUCCUACCGCGCCGCUGACAGGUGCCGCCAUUACCUGAUUGAUGUCACUGGUGGAAAGUACACGUUCUUCGGCUCGCACCAAGCAUCCCACGAUACCCUUGGUGAUCUCAUCGAGUACCACAAGAAGGAAGCCAUAACAACCUCGGGCGGAGAGCUCCUGACUCGUCCGUGCGGCCAAUCGAAUCCCAGGAAACCUGACUACCUCGAACUGUUCACCGGCACCCAGUACCUGGCACUUUAAUACUUUCAGAUUCACUUCCUUCUGUUCAUUAAAACAUUUCAUUUCAUAUAUAUAUAUAUAUAAAGUAUACUUCACGAUUUUGAAGCACUUCGUAUCACAGAUAAAUGCAAAAAAAAGCAUCUAAUGCACUGUGUAUUUCUUUGUAGACCUGUGCAGUUGUAGAACCUAAAUUAUGUAGAAGUAAUUAAGGAAUUUAUAACUGUUGCAUGAUGAAGAGGGAGGGAGGGAAAGAGAGAGAGAGAGAGAGAUAAAGGGAGAAGAGAAGUCACUGCUAGUCUUGCUGCCAGAGAUUCUGCUUGCACUGUGAAUUCAUGAAAUGUCACUUAUCAUACAAAUGGUGCCAUCUGAUAAUUAGCCUUAGCAAUGGCAUCAUGUUUUAUAUGUGUGCAAGAGAUCGCCUUAUAUAUCACUGCAGGCUCUUCGAAGAAUUAGGAUGUCCAAUAUUAAGUGAAGUACUUGUUUGUAUUUUAAAAUUCAUAUAAUAGUUUGGUUGCUGAGGUAGAUAAUACCUUAUAGCAACCAGUAGAAAACUUUUAAAAGUUAUGGAGUUCAUUCAUAAAAUGGUGGACUAAUGUAGAAUGUCAUAUAAUUCUUAAAUCUUGAUCCCUGUGCUAUGAAUGUUAUUAUUAGUUUGUGAUAUAGAUGUAUGUGUAUCAUUUAUUAAAAUAAAGAAAUGUAUAUAUUGCCCAUUAAAGCAUCUAUAAAUAAAA